AAUAACAAUGGGGCUUUUCGAGGUAGUGCGCUGCGGCUGCCUGCAGGUAGAUUUUACAGAUUCACGGCCGUUUGCUUCAGCCACGCAGGAGGAACGGAGGCAAAGGAAAACCUCUGGCCGGGUUUCAACGACAACGUGGAAGCCAUCGCUCGUUUCGAUCCCUGAGAGUAGUAAGUUGGCUGUGCGGCAGGCAAAGACGAGUCCAUGUGGGAAAGUGGCGAAGAAUAUGGAGAAUGCAGGAAAAGUGAGAACGGACAAGGCUUCUCCGUGUGCGAAGAAGAAUAACAGUUACAAACUCAUGCGCGAUAUCUUCUAUGCAUACGGGACAACAGCUUUCGGAUUUUGAUGUACAUGGAAUGAUUGAUAAAAACCAGAGAAGCAGCAGGGAAGUCAAUGAGGAGAAGUGGGAAGAGAAGGUCAAUGGAGGAGUGUAUAUAUUAAUUAUUUGGAAGAUUUGCUGUCAAGGA